AUGCAUGGGAAGUUACUGACGCAACGGGAGCCCCUCGGGGUGCCGCACCGCGGCAUUGCCCUGGCGCACCCAUCUAACCCUGUCGUCUUCCUCGACAUUGAGUGCCCGAGAUCGGCGGCCGGCGGUGAGGGAGGCGGGGCGCCGCAGCGCAUUUUGCUUGAGCUCUUUGCGGACCUGGCGCCAACGUUGGCGUCAAACAUGUAUGCCCUCUGCGUUGGAAGCUCGACCCGCGUCGUGGAGCAGCGGCUGCAGCCGGCGGGCUACAAGGGAACGGUGCUGCACGACGCCCUUGUCGGCCAGUACGUCAUCGGCGGGGAUGUGAUGGGCGGUGGCGGAAGUGGAUUUUUCUCCGCCCUUGGCGAGCGUCAAGGCCCGCUGCCUGUGCCUCCGAGUGAACUGGAGGCCCUUGCGGCAACCGCGCCCGACCGCUGCCGUCACACGCAGGGAGUUUACAUGCAGUACUGGAAUCACGUCCCUGGCGCCCCCGCCGCGGCGACGACGUUGAAGGUGGCGUCGUCGUUUCGCCUCGACACGGUGGAACGGGGGGCGGAUGCCACGAUGCCAACCGACGCCAUUCUCAUUGGGCGAAUGGUGCAUCGUGACGCGGCAGCCCACACCGUGGCGAAGCGUCAGCUACUGGAACUGACGAAGGCGGUGUUUCACGCCAAGCGGGGGACGACGGUGCCGCGGCUGCUGCCCACAAUUGUGUUGUGCGGUGAGAUGUGA